UUUUUCUUCUCAUCGCCAUCACUCCCUUAGCGGGCCACCACCUCUUUUCUUCCCGUCCCUUUCUAAAUGGUCAGCGCAACCACGGCCAUCCCCCAAUCCUAACGCGCUCGGCUCCAGUGGUGUCGUCUCUCUUUCUCACGCACCACGAUGGAGAAAGUGUCUGAGCCCACGGUGGCCGUGUCCACCGGAUCGGCAAUUGAUGAAACAGCUCCGGAUGAGGCUAUCUCGCAUCUGAAACAACUGAAGAAGGAGCAUAAAUGGGAUCCCAACUUGCCUGAAGAGAUCGCCGAUGAUCUCGACGACGUGUUGAACACUCAAGAUGGCAAAGUUGGGGUGGAAACUGCGAACGAGCUUCUCGAGAACUCUCCAUACCCAGAAGUACGUUCUGCCGUACCAAACAUUGAUGAAGGUGGCCAUACCAAUACCAUCCGUGCCUGGGUGAUUGGCCUGGUCCUAGCAACCGUUGCGUCGGCAAUGAACAUGCUGUUCUCUCUGCGUCAGCCAUACAUUGUCAUUCCUUCGUAUGUCGUCCAGGUUGUGGCCUACCCAAUUGGAGUAGCAUGGGCCAUGCUACUGCCAAACAAAGUAUAUAGCAUUUUUGGCGUCAAGUUCAACUUGAACCCGGGCCCUUUUAGCAAAAAGGAACAUGCUAUUUCGGUCCUCAUGGCUAAUGCUUCCUUCGGAGGUGGCACCGCCUAUGCUACCGACAUCAUCGUGGCCCAACGAGCUUUCUAUAAGCAGCGAUUUGGAUGGGGCUAUGAGCUUCUCCUGUGUAUCUCCACGCAGAUGCUGGGAUUUGGUUUCGCCGGCUUUUUUCACCGGUUCCUGGUCGCCCCUGCCUCCAUGAUUUGGCCCUCAACCCUCAUCAACACAUCCAUAUUUAGCGCGCUGCAUGAUCGCACUGUCCCUGACCCACGAAAGGUCGCCGGUUGGACGAUUGGCAGGUAUCGCAUGUUCUUGUAUUGCUUAGUAGGGUCUUUCGUGUGGUACUGGUUCCCCGGAUAUAUUGCUCCGUUCCUCAGCGUCUUCGCGUGGGUGACAUGGAUCAAGCCACAAAGCCCUGUCGUCAAUCAACUCUUCGGUGGUUGGACCGGCUUGUCUUUCCUACCUAUCACCUUUGACUGGACUCAGAUCUCUGGAUUCAAUUUCAGUCCCCUCAUCUCGCCGUGGCAUGCUCACGCGAACACCCUGAUCGGCAUGGUGGUUUUCUACUGGAUUUGCACUUGCGGUCUGCAUUAUAGCAAUGCCUACUGGUUCAAGCACCUGCCCAUCAGUGAUUCCAGCAGCUACGAUAACAUGGCAGAGGCAUACAAUGUCUCUAGAAUCCUGACCCCAGACUUCACGUUCGACGAAGCCAAAUACAAGGAAUAUUCACCACUCUUUCUGUCGACUACAUUUGCUUUGAGUUACGGAUUGAGUUUCGCUGGCGUUCUUGCUGUCCUGCUGCAUGCGAUCCUCUUCCACGGUGGCGAGAUCAUGGCCCGCCUCCGCAACUUUGGCAAAGCCGAGGAAGAUAUCCACGCCCGCCUGAUGUCCCGAUUCAAGCCCGUGCCCCUCUGGUGGUAUGCUGUACUUUUCCUGAGCAUGAUGGGCAUUGCUCUUGGUGUGUCGCUGGGAUAUCCCACCCAUUUGAGUUGGUGGGCCUUCUUUGUGGCCUUGAUCAUGGCCAUCGUGUGGACUCUGCCUGUUGGGAUUGUGCAGGCAGCCACCAACAUCCAACUCGGACUCAACGUCUUAACAGAGUUUGUGAUCGGCUACAUGCAGCCCGGAAAGCCAAUGGCCAUGAUGCUUUUCAAGACCUUCGGUUACAUCUCCAUGUCCCAGGGAUUAUACUUCUGCCAGGACAUGAAGCUAGGUCACUACAUGAAAAUCCCACCGCGAAUUACCUUUGCCGCCCAGAUGAUUGCGACCCUUUGGACAUCGAUCGUCCAAAUUGCGGUCAUGAAUUGGGCUCUGGGAUCUAUCGAGGGGGUCUGUGACAAAGAUCAGCCCAACCAUUACAGCUGUCCCAACGGUCGUGUGUUCUUCAACGCCUCUGUUAUCUGGGGCGUCAUCGGUCCCGCGCGCAUGUUCUCGCCCGGUCAGCUCUACUCGGGCCUGAUGUGGUUCUGGCUCGCUGGCGCUGUCUUGCCCGUUGCUAUCUACCUCGGUGCCCGUAUCUGGCCCCGCAGCAAAAUCCGCUAUCUCAGCGCGCCCCUGAUCUUCACAGGUGCUGGCUUGAUUCCCCCCGCCACGCCGCUCAACUACCUCAGUUGGACUGUUGUCGGUUUCAUCUUCAAUAAGUGGAUCCGCAGCCGCUGGCGCGGCUGGUGGAUGCAGUACAACUACGUCCUGUCUGCCGGCCUGGACGUGGGUCUUACACUAUCCACGAUCGUCAUCUUCCUCACCCUACAACUCACCAAUACCCCAUUCCCGGACUGGUGGGGCACCCGUAUUGCUAAAGACACCAUGGAUGCUGCCGGCAAUGCUAUCGAAAUUACUGGGAAGAAGUUCGGUCCGGCGACGUGGUAAUCAUGGUUCUUGCCUUGUUGGUUGGAGAUGGAGAGGAAGUAACUUAAUGUAUCUAUUUUGUCGCCGCAAUUCUGGGGCCAUGCGGCCACGAAGAAUGCGGCCCUGCGUCCCGCAUGUAAUGAAUUAUGUCACGGCUCGGGUGAUGUCGAUGUAGUAUCGUGCAUUAUAGCGAUUCGACUCGGUAGAUAGAUAAUGUAUUCAACAUGGUUGAGAUUUCAAUAAGACAAUAGUAAAACAGUCUCAGCAUAGAUGCCAACGAACA